UGACGUCACUGGCAUAAUGUAAACUGUUGAGAUGAUCCAUGGUAACAGACUCAGUGCAGCAACACCGCUCGCACAGACGCACGAACGGCAUCCGACAGAAAUGCCUCGAACCUGGAUCGCAGCUGCACCGGCUCUCGCUUCUUACAAACGCGUUAGACGCGCCGUCGGCCUUUUAAACGCGACGCACCUGCCGGGAAUCCAAAACAUUUGAUGUAUUCCUUCUACAAAUCUACUGUCAGUUCACAAGAAGCAAGGAAAGCAGCGAAAUGUGCGGUUGAACUGCUGCUCAUCUCAGCGCUUUCGCUUACUAUUUCUAACAGACUACAAUACGAGCAGAUGAUUUUAAUCCGGAUGAAAUAAUGACUCUUGUGGAUUAACGCCUUCGUUGUCACUCUAGUUUUUGCCUUGUCGGGAUCGAGGGAUCAUCUGCCUUUACCAUUUGCCAUUACAGUCUGUAUAUAACAGCCAUAGUAAUAUAAUAUCGUGAAGAUGGCGACUGGAGCGGGCUGGCAGCAUUACUACAACCCCGCUGGCAGCACUUCGACGGGGAAAUAUAACAGCACCUCCACUUCUACAUCCACCAGCACGUCCUUCCCGUCUGGGUUAACCCUCGAAUACACGCAGGACCUCCAUCUGAAGAUGAGCAAGAAGAUUGCACAGCUGACCAAGGUGAUCUACGCCCUCAACACCAAGAAUGACGAGCAUGAGGCGGCCAUCCAGACCCUGAAGGAGGCCCACGAGGAGGAGGUGCAGCAGAUCCUCUCGGAAACGCGGGAGAAGAUCAUGCAGUACAAGAGCAAGAUCAGCGACGAGAUGGACUUGAAGCGGCGCAUUCAGUCUCUGGAGGAGUCCAUGGAGCUGCACGAGCGGAUGAAGCGGCAGGCCCUGACGGAGUUCGAGACGUACCGCCAGCGGGUGGAGGACAUGCAGCUGUGCACGGAGGCGCAGCACACGCAGCGCGUGGUCACCAUGUCCCGCGAGGUGGAGGAAAUGCGCCGCUCUUUCGAGGAGAAGCUCCGCUCCUUUGGACAGUUGCAGUCCCAGUUUGAGCAGGAGAAACAGCAGGCUCUUGAGGAGCUACAUGCCGCACAUCGGCAGGAGGUCCAAGAACUGCUUCGCUCACACCAAAGCCAGAAUGCCAACUAUAGCAAAGACCAAGAGAAACUGGGACAGCUUCACAAAGCGGAGGUGGAUUCACUGACCGAAAGAGUUGAGGAACUGAAACAGGACAAGAAGCGUCUGGUGGAGGAGUACGAGGCCAAGCUAAAUAAAGCCCAGGCUUUCUAUGAACGGGAACUGGAGGCCAUGAAGCGCACGCAGCAGAUGACCGCAGAGAACCUGCUGGCCUGGAAGAAGACCGAAGCCGAGCUGAGGAAGGAGUUCCAGGCGCAGGAAGCGGCGCUGCAGAAGACUCUGGGGAAGCUGCGCAGUGAACUGCAGCGGGUGCAGGAGGAGGCCAGGGAGAGCAGGGAGAAAUCCCACAAACUGCAGGCCUCCCUCAUUGCUGCAGAGAGCAACAUCAAGGAGCUGGAUAAACAGUUGGAGGAGGUGACCAAGGACACGGAGAUCGUGGAAAUCAGGCAGAGGGAGGCCGAGUGUGAGCUGGAGGCGUCCAGAGACCGAGUGCAGCAGCAGGCCACAGAGAUCCUGCUCAAAGCCAGUCAGAUCGGAAGCCUGCAGGCCACCCAGAUGACUCACGAGGCGGUCAUUCGGGAUCUGGAAUCGGAAAAGUCUCGUCUGAAGGACAAGGUGUUGCGUCUGGAGGAGGAUCGAGGGGCACUGCAGAAGAAAUGUCAGACGCUGGAUGAGAGGCAGAGACAGCAGAUCCUCUCCCUAGAGAAGUCACUUCGAGAGGAAAAGCAGAUCUAUGAGAAGGAGCUCAUGAACUUGUGUGCCAAAUAUGAAGAGGACACUGCUCACUUUAAGGAUUCCCACAGCCGGGCGCUGGACGAGCUCUCCAGGAAGCACCGGGCCGUUCUAGAAAACACCCAGAGCGUCUCCGAGAAAGAGAGGAACCGACUCCUGUCCGAAAUGGAGGAACGGUUCAAGAAGGAACGUAGCUCUCUAGAGGAACAGAAGAGCCUUUUACGAGAGGAACUGGACAGUCUGCGAGAGGAGCUCGCAGCCAAACUCAACAUGGCCAACAGUGAGGUGAAUCGACUCCAGGAGCUGACGAAGCAGGGAGAGCAGGGACUAAGUUCUGCUGAGGGACACAUCUCCAAUCUGAAGGACGCCCAGAAGAAGCUUCUAGAAGAGCUGGAUGCCACGCGAGCAAGACUCAGAGAGACUAGCAACCUCCUAACAGCCCUUCAGGGAGAGAUGGAGUCUAAGAAACAAGAGCAUGAUGCCAAACUCAUCGCUACCAAAGGGGAAGAGAAGCUCAAAAUGGAUAAGAUGGCCCUGGAGCUCGAGCUGAAGUGGACCGAGGCGCUCAGGAUUUCCUUGCUGAAACAGAGCCUGGAGAUGCAGCUUUCCCAAUCCCAGCAUUCCCUGCAGCAGCUGCAGGCACAGUUCAGUCAGGAGCGAGAGCACCUGGGACAGCAGCUGCAGGAAAUGGAGCUGGAGCAUCAGCGCAGGGAGCAGCGGCUGCAGGAAGCCCACUGCUGCGCUAUACAGGACAUGCAGGAAGCCCGCCAGCACGACCUCAAGGUAACCACAACAAAACAUAAUCUCCCACCUGUCUCACGCAGAGACUGCACUGACCUGUACACUUACCUGGCCCCUGACGACUCCAGCAGAGAGAAACUCUCACUCCGACUGGAAAUGAUUACCUUGAGCUGGGCUGAAGUGGCUCCACACCGCAGGCCUGGAGAUGAAGGCUCAUCCCUGCGUUCAGAGCUGAACCAUCUUCACGCAUCAGCCAUUGAACAUAUGCGUCAAAUCCAUCAACAGGAAACAGCGGCUGCCAAACAGGAACUGGAGAACGCUCUGGAGCAGAGCAGAGUAAAGGAACGUGAGCUUCUGAGUCGCAUCUCAGAUCUGCAGGAGGAGGUCAGUCGCAGGAAGAAGCACAUUGCCAAUCUGGACCACGAGAUUCACACCCUGAACGAGAACAUCAGCACUUUGACCAAGGAGCUGGAACUCAAGGGCAAAGAGGUUUUGAAGAUCCGUAGCGAGGCCAAUCAGCAGAUCAGAGCUCAUGAGCAGGACCUGUUUAAGAAACACGAACGUGAGAUGGCCGAGCUGAAUGCUCUCCACCACAGAGAAGCACAAAACAUGCUGUCAGACUUCAACAAGGCCCAGGAACUGCUGAAGGACAAGAUCUCCGCCCUGCAGAUCCUGUUGGAGGGAACAGAAGACAAAUUCCGGAACAGAGAGAGCAGGCCUGAAGAUCUGCAGACAAUAGCCGAACUGAAGGAUAUGGUGGCCGAGAGAGAAUCUUUGGUCAAGAAACUGGUGGAUGACAAAAAGUUUUACCAGCUGGAGCUUGUCAACAGAGAGACCAACUUCAACAAAAUAUUCAACACAAAUCCUAAUGUUGGUGUCAUUAACCCUCUUGUCAAGCAAAAGCGAAAGAACGACAAAUCAGCCACCCGAUUCAGCAGCUCGGCCAAUCUUAGGGCCAAUGUGGAGGCUUCCGGGACAGGGAGCGGCCAGCCCCAGCCCAACCGCCUCGAACCCAUCCCCAACUCCCCCAUUCACCAGCUGGAGCCUAACACGAGCAAACCCCUGCCCCCACCAACCCCUCUCACCGAACCCAAGAAAUUGACGAGCCCUCCUGAAGGAGAAGAAUCACCCGUCACCUCUCCAGACCCCCAGAGACAAGAGUGGUUCGCUCAGUAUUUCUCCUUCUGACUUUUGCGAUUAAAGAGCAUGUCGACCAAACCAGACAAAAAAGUGAUAUAUUAUUUAACGACACAUCCUUUCAUUUGUUCUUUUUUUUUCUCCCCUCUGUGAAUGGGUUUGUUGUUUUUACAGUGAUGAUAGGUAUGUUUGACGUUUCAUUUACUGCCGUUUCUAUAGAGUGAUGCAUACGCUGCUAAUUACUAUUACUAAAUUACUAUUACUAAAUUACUAAAACAA